AUGGAAGCGGGGAAGGAGGCGAGCAUGGAGAGGAACACCAAGUCGAGGCUUGACAUCCAUCCGGGGGCGACAGCCAGCCUAUUCACCGACGACCUCAUCCUGGAGAUCCUCUCCCGCCUCCCUGCCAGGUCCGUCUAUCGCUUCAAGUGCGUUUCCAUGCUCUGGCGCGACCUCAUCGCCGACCCCUCCAACCGCAAGAUGCUGCCUCAAACCCUCGCCGGCUUCCUCUACAUAUCCUACCGCAGCGGGCACCGCCACCACUUCGCCAGCGUCUCGGGCGGCGCAUCCCCCUUCGACCCUUCCCUCCCUUACCUGCAGCCUAACAUGGACGAGGGUAUUGCCCAGGUGAACGCCUGCAAUGGCCUCCUUCUCUACCGCCGCUACAAGAAAAACAUGGUGACCCCUUGGACAGAGGGUGAUUUCCAUUUUGUUGUGUGCAAUCCCGCCAACGGGAGGUGGGUGGAGCUGCCCCCUCAACCUCAACCGCCGGCGCCGGCAAACAUACAUUGCCCUACUGCAGGAGUGAACAUCUAUUCUUCGCGUACAAGAGCCUGGAGUCGUAUGGACAGUGGGAUUGUUGAGAAAGCUACCCUGUUGAGGAGUAAAUGUGUCUUUGUCGGCGGUAUGCUGUAUCUCAUGGGCAACCUGGAGGACAUCAACGGCGAGUAUGUCCUGGUGGGGGUGGAAAUGGAGGGGAAAGUGUGGAAGACUAUCCGCGUGCCAUAUGGUUCGAAGUUUGGUACCAUUGGAUCAUCGCAGGGGUGCUUACAUUAUGCUGUAGCUUCUGUUGAUGAUAACAAUGAAAUCCUAGUUUCUGAGAUAUCACUCUGGUGCCUCAAGGGUCAAGACAGUAAAGAAUUGGUCCUGAAGCAUACCACCAGCAUCGAUAAACUUAUGAGCAUGACUAGGAAGACGUACAGGGUGGUUGAGAUUCAUCCAGAUUGCGACACCAUUUUCCUGGUUUCAAAUGAAGGUGAUACCUUGGCAGCGUACGAUAUGCGACAUCAGAAAGUUGGUUAUAUACUUAAUCUUGAGAACAAUACACAACAAUUUCUACCCUAUGUUCCUCUGUUCUCAGAGCCAUUAGCAGAUGCAAAUGAGCAGUAG